AAGACACAUCAUAAAUUGCACAGCAGCACUAGCUCUUUAGGGACAGCGCCUCUGCUCCAUACGCGGUAGACUCGCGGUGCUUGGCUUACAAUUCUCGCGAGGGGAAAGUGACUUCCACAGGAAAGGGAGAUGGAGAGAGAUGAGGUCUGAAAAGGACCAAAUCACCGGAGCAAGGGAGAAAAGUGUCGUCGAAAUACAAUUCAGAGACAUUCCCAGGGAACAGAACGCCUUAUCCGUCAAUUCAAAGCAGAAAGAAGAGAAGAAAGAGGUCUUUACAAAGGUAGUAAUAAGGCGACUUCCACCUAACCUGUCCAAGGACCAGCUGGAAGAGCAGCUCAGUCCUCUUCCAUCCUAUGACUACUUUGAGUUCUUCCCUGCUGAUCAAAGCCUCUACCCACACCUGUUCUCCAGAGCAUACAUCAACUUCAAAAACCCGGAAGACAUCCUGCUCUUCAGCGAUCGCUUUGAUGGCUAUGUUUUCAUUGAUAACAAAGGCCAGGAGUACCCUGCUGUGGUAGAGUUUGCCCCAUUUCAGAAAGUCUCCAAGAAGAAACUCAAAAAGAAAGAUGCAAAAGCUGGAAGUAUUGAAGAAGAUCCAGAGUAUCGGCGGUUUCUGGAGAACUACUCCUGUGAUGAAGAGAAGUCCAUGGCCAACCCUGAAACCUUGCUGGGAGAGAUAGAGGCCAAGACUAGGGAACUCAUAGCCAAACGAACAACACCUCUUCUGGAGUAUAUCAAAAAUAAAAAACUUGAGAAGCAGAGGAUAAGAGAGGAGAAGAGAGAGGAGCGGCGGCGCAGGGAGCUGGAGAAGAAAAGACAGAGAGAGGAAGAGAAGAGGAAGCGAAGAGAGGAGGAGCGACGCAAACGCAAGGAGGCAGAUAAACAGAAGAAACUGUCAGAGAAAGAGAUCAAGAUAAAGCUCCUGAAGAAAAGUGACCGGGACGAUGACAUGGACUCUGACAGGCUCAAGGACAAAGGAGACAGUGGGGACACCGAGAGGUCCAAGUGGGACAAAACCUCUGGACACAUUAAGUCAAAGGACAAGGGUCAGACAGAGAGCGAUAAGGAGCAGAGGGAGCACGGCCGCAGGCAGAGAGACAAAGACCACAGAGGAAGAGACGAGGAGAGGAAACGACAGCGCCACCACUACGAGUUUGACAAGUUCAUGCGGCGCAAGGAGGAGACGAAAUGGGGCAAAGGCUACUGCCAGGACCGUGCAAAGAAAGACAGCCAGCACCCCAGCACCUAUUCUUAUUGCCCCGAAACAAGUGAAAAGGUGGGCGAAAAGCCAAGCAAGGAUGACAGGGAGGAGACUGGCAGUAGUAGGAAGGAACGUGUGCGGAACAAGGUUAGUGACAAGGCUGUGUUAAACCAUCAGGACAGAGGGAUGACCCAAUCUGAGGGGCCACACCAGAUAGGAGGGGCUCUGCCAAACAAGGACCGGCCAGCCAUGCAGCUGUACCAGCCUGGCGCUCGCAACCGAAAACGCAUGGGUUCAGCAAGCAAAGGUUACGAGCUCCCUGUCGGCCACUCACCAGAGCAUGGGGCUGCGGGGCGCUGCUACGAGGCGGUCGCCAUGGGAACAAGCUCAGAGAAGAGUGGAGAUGAAUAGUUCAGUCCAUCGGAGCUGAUUGGACUUUUACAUUCUUUACGCCUGCCAGAUUGAAGGUUCGCAAAACAGCAGACUGUGGUUUGUGGUUGAUGGAGCAGCACUUUCGGUAAAGCUCUACAACCUUUGUGCAAAUAAUAUGUUUGGGCUUGAAAAAUUGGACCGCCUCUGAUGGGAUUGGGAAGGUAUCAAACAUUCCCAAAACAUAAAAGGAAACCUUUUGUAUUGUAUUCCGAUUUGAUUGUAUACUGUUCAGAAACAGAAAAUGUUCUCCGUACACGAUUAGAACAUGUUGAGGCAAGCGUAAUGGGACUGAAGCUAAACAAAGAUUUAUGUUUCUAGCCCAUGUGUUAUCCAGUGUUGUGUCCCUCAUUGAUACAAUAGCACUGGGUUAGGCAAACUAAGGGGCGGGGACUGGCUGUAGCUAUAUCUGGCUUGCGGCAAAUCAGUCCAGCCCAUGGUACUCCAGCCCACUCUUAAACAUAAAUAGACUAAAUGUAUGGAUAAAUGAUCAUGGAACUAGACAUUGUUUAAUUACUGCUCCUUUAUGGCCCACAAAUUGAUUUUUGAUUAACAAAACACAUAAAAAAGGAACGUGUGGCCCUUGAGACAAAAUGUUUUCCACUUCUGCAAUAGCACAAUAAUUACCUCCAUUCAUGGUGUUUUUUUUUAUGUAUUGUUGUUUUAGGACAUGAUGCGUCCACCGUUGUGUUUACAAGUCUGUUAAAUUUCAGAAACCACUGCCUGAUAACAGCUAACUCAAUAUUUUGUAACCUCCACCUGAGACAGUGUUAUUGUUUUUCAUGAGAAGUGUACCCGACGGCACAUUGUGGGCCAGUUGUAACUGUACACAGUGUCCUGGGCUAAUAAACUGUGUUAGUCUAGGGCAAACAUUAAUUUGUGUCCGCAAGACCACGCAUAUGUGUCCAUCUGUUAGUUGCCUGUGAAUACCUCAUCAUCCACAGAGUUCAUAUUUAUAAGCCUUUUUAGUGAUUCCAUUUGACCGGGAUGUUUUUAAAAGAAAGUCUAUAGAUUUUAUCAUGAAGAAAAUUUCUGAAUUAGUAUCAAUUGUAUUUAAGAUAUGUAUUUGAAGUGUUGGAUGUAGAACCUUUAGAAUCUGUAAAGUAAAUAAUGAUGUGUGUGUGCAUGUGCAUAAGUGAGUGUGUGUAUGGGCAUGUGUCAGCAAUCAAAAGACAGAGGGGACAAUAUUUAGGUUUUUUACAAUAUGAUUUGUCAAUUGUUCCCUGAUUUAUGAUAAUAUAAACAUCACUUUUUUCUAGAUGACAGCAGGAAUUUGUAGGUGACAUGAGCCAUCUAUUAUAGUAUUAUUUCACAUUUGAGCCAGGAAGAACUGACAUGGAUUUGGGGCAUAGAGUUAUUCCUGGUCAGAUCACAUAGUCAAAAAUGGAUUCAACACAUUUUUGACUGGGCAGCGUAUUAUGCUAUAGCUGUGUUGAACAUGCCUUAGAUAUUGCUUUGCACAUGGUAACAUCACAUUCUUAAUAGCUUUAAAAGACCUUCCUUCUGUUCUUUGCUUCCAUUAAGAGAUUAAAAAAAAUCCAAUAAAGAGCAUUUGUCUUCAAA